AUGAUGUCCUACUCUGUCAUCGACGAGAAGAAAGACCGCUUUAUCAAAAAAUUCGAGGAAAAAAGGGAUGCUAUUGUGGCGAAGAGGGCAGCAAGCAACAUUCCCAAACCGACGAUUGUUUCUCAAGCAUCCACGCCAAUCACAAGCGAAGAACGAGUGGCCAUCGUGAGAAACCUCUUUCGAAAUGCUACAGAAAACGAACUGGCCGUCUAUGCCUCUCUACUGGCCGAAGGAAAAUUUUGCUCGGUUGGCCGAACUGGAACGAGAGAAGAAUGCGAAGCCACGGGACCAGAGUUGCAACGAAUUCGAGAAGUCUCGUUGCUGUCGAAGGAUCCAAAGACGAUAGACUUUCUGGUGCCAGCCACACUGGAAACGGCUCGGAAGGAGCAAAGUCAGCACAUUCUCGAA